UUUUUUUGCAUUUCUAAAGAGACUACCAGCGCCGAAAGCAAACGACUUCUCCUUUCCCCUUUCAUCUCCCUCACUAUAUUUAUUCACCCGGACAGUUCCUCUGCGGCGUGUCUGUUCUGCUAUUGCACUUAUUCUUCUUCAUCGGCAAUAUCCAAGCAAGGAGGAUCCCUUCUUUCCAUUAUUGCGAGUAUAUUUCAUGCCGAUCAUGAACCUCACAAUGGUCUCUCGGAUCCUCGUCGUGCUCAUCUCCACCAUGGCCAUGCUUGUGGCUGCCGACAACUUUGUCCCAGCCCAUCCCCCGUCCCCAUCACCAUCACCAUCCCCACAGCCUGCUGCGCACCCCAUGUUCCAGCCGCCCGUCUCCCUCGAUAGCCUGGCCCAGAAUCUGCCUGAAGCCUUUGCCGCACUUGAGGGGCAGUUCAAGGAUGCCGGGUUCAAGUCCAUGCUGACAUCGCAGCUCAGCAACCCGAAUGCCGUCGAGAUGUUCGAGUCCAUGAUUCACGAUCCGUCUGCUGUCAGCUCGAUCUCGCUGAUGCUCAAUGAUCCUGCCAUCAAGAGCUCGCUGUGGGAGCAGUUCGCUACGCCUCAUCCUGGCGCCGUAAACUCAGGCAUCCGUUCGGCAUCUAUUGAUAGCAGCGCAUCGGUAUCGGCAGAGGCAACCGGCGACUACGAGUUUUCGGAAAGCAAGUCCCGGAUUGAGCACGGCCGCUCGUCCAUGAACCUGGAGACGCUUGAUCGUUCGCAUAGCGGCGUCAGUGGCCGGCCCGGCUUGAUUGUCACCGGGUGGGUUAUUGUGAUCCUGCUCUCUGCCUUGGCACCCACCUACUAAAUGCGAACAUCUCACCACUCGUCCUUCACUCGCCCCCUUUUUAUCCCACGUAUAUGUC